UUCAAGCAGCAGGGGCGUCCGGCUUGCCUGGUGAAAGGCACCGCAGCACGCAGGGCUGGUUCUGGCCCAGCUGCAUCUGCAUGUGGUCCUGGCUUCCUGGCUCCCUGCUUUUCGGUAGCAGCAGCAUGGGUGGCGCGCGGGACGUGGGCUGGGUGACAGCAGGGCUGGUCCUGGGCGCCAGCGCCUGCUACUAUAUCUACCGGCUGACUCGAGGACCGCGGCGAGGCGGGGGCCAGCCGCGUCCUUCGCGGUCUGCAGAAGACGAAACUGAUGACUCCUGUGAUGAAAUCUUAAAUGAGGAUCAGCUUGCGAAACUUCUGUUCCUGCUGGAGUCAACCAACAAUCUUGUAAUUACUGAAAGAGCCUUGAUCACCUUAGGAAAUAAUGCAGCCUUUUCCACUAACCAAGCCGUUAUUCGUAACUUGGGUGGUAUCCCAAUUAUUGCAAGCAGAAUCAACUCCCUGAACCCAAGUAUUAAAGAGAAAGCUUUAAUUGCACUAAGUAACCUGAGUGUGAAUGUUGAAAAUCAGCCUAGGAUAAGGAUGUAUGUCCGUCAAGUCUGUGAGGAAGUGCUUGCUGAUUCCCUGAACUCUGCCGUGCAACUGGCUGGACUGAGGCUGCUGACAAACAUGAUGGUCACCAAUGAAUACCAGUACCUGCUCGGCAGCUACAUCAGUGGCCUGUUCCAUCUGCUGUCUGUCGGAAACGGAAGCACCAAGGUUCAGGUUUUGAAGCUGCUUUUGAAUAUGUCCGAGAAUCCAGCCAUGACAGAAACACUACUGAGUGCCCAAGUGGAUUCUUCAUUCCUUUCCCUGUAUGACGGCCAAAUGGCAAAUGAGAUUCUUCUUCGGGCUCUUACGAUGUUUCAGAAUAUAAAUAAUUGCCUCAAAGUGGAAGGCCAGUUAGCUAAUCGGCUUCAUUUUGCUGGAGGGUCAUUGUUUUUCCUGUUAUAUGGAGAAGAAUGUGCCCAGAAAAUGAAAGCUUUGACUCGCCAUCACGAUGUGGAUGUGAAAAAGAAGGCUUUAGCAAUAAAGACGACGUUCUGAUUGUUGCACCGGUUUCACCAGAGAAUCAAAGAGUAAAUGCAGUCUUACGUCAGCUCACCGGAACUUACACCUUCCUUUAAAGGGAUCUUCCAGCUGACGGAGUUAAACAGUAAACGUCAUUGCGAGCAGCUCUAAUCCAACAUGAUGCUCAAAUGUCAGAAUUUCAGAGUAGUUCAGAUUUGGGGGUUGGGGACUGAGUGUAGUCUGGAACCUUCAGAGGAUGUGAAUCACUUCUGGGGCCAACGUCUAGUUACGAUCGUGGACAGAUUGGAAGGAAUCUACUGCUAUUAAAUGACUAUGAGGGGUUGCACUGAAGAUACUUACUGAGUGUGUACUGGUUUCCUGACGUGAACAGUGGCCUUUCUCUGUGCAAUCCUCACUUCUCGGAGUGACUUGCAGUUGCUCAUGAGACAGAGUUAGGUACAGAGUUGAAGACUGGAACUGCCACAGCAAGGGCCUUGUUCCUCAAAGCAGUGAAUACUGCAAGCUCCAGUCCACCCCCAAACCCCACUGUACUGCUUGCAAGUCUGAGUUGAUCGUGAGACUCUGCCCACAGCAUUUCUCAUCAGUAAGACUCUACUUCCAUUUACAGGGCAAGGUUUUCUUAUUGCUUACCCCCGUGUGUAAGAUACUGGAGAGCAAUUCAAGUUUCCACCCAUAGGCAGCCAGGCAGACCUAGCAGCAGCCCUUUAAAAAUGAGCUGCCUAGGCCAGGCGGUGGUGGCGCACGCCUUUAAUCCCAGCACUUGGGAGGCAGAGGCAGGCGGAUUUCUGAGUUUGAGAGUUCGAGGCUAGCCUGGUCUAC